UCGUCCGCAAGCCCUAAAACCGCCAUCGACUCGUUUCGCGGAGAUAGUGAAAGAAGUCGAAUCGAAGAAAAAGAAGUGAAUAUGCCGGACUAUGCUGAAAGAUACGAGGGUAAUGGAGAGGGGUUGAACGAUUACAGCUCUUCACCUCAACAGAGACCCAGUAGCCACGGCGCUCCCGACGAUUACAGCGAUUCCAAAUCUCAGCAUGGUUCUCGUGAUUAUGAGAGGGAGACUUCAAAAAGCAGAGAACGGGAAAGAGAAAAAGGGAGGGAUAAGGACAGGGAGAGGGAUGGAUCCAAGGACAGGGAGAGAGAUCGUGAAAGGGAACGGGACAGAGAUCGUGAUCGUGAUCGGCAUCAUAGAGAUCAUCACAGAGAACGAAGUGAUAGAAGGGAUCGAGGACGGGAUAGAGAUGAUGAUGACAACUAUCAUCGUAGUCGAGACCAUGAUAGGCGCAGAGAUUAUGAUAGAGAUAGAGAGGGACGCCGCAGGCAUAGGUCUCAAUCUCGUUCUCAGGGUAGAUCUGAUCAUAGAUCAAGAUCUCGAUCUCGUUCAAGAUCAAAGAGCAAGCGGAUCAGUGGUUUUGACAUGGCACCUCCUUCAACUGCAAUGCUUGUGGCUGCUGCAGGUCAGGUGCCUGGGACCACUCCAGCAAUUCCUGGGAUGUUUCCAAACAUGUUCCCCUUGCCAGGACAGUUUGGAGUCCCUGUUAUGCCAGUUCAGGCUAUGACACAACAGGCUACAAGACAUGCUCGCCGGGUGUAUGUUGGUGGUCUUCCACCUACGGCUAAUGAACAGUCUGUAGCAACCUUCUUCAGCCAGGUUAUGGCCGCAAUUGGAGGGAAUACUGCUGGGCCAGGGGAUGCUGUUGUUAAUGUAUACAUCAACCAUGAAAAGAAGUUUGCCUUUGUGGAGAUGAGAUCAGUUGAGGAAGCCAGCAAUGCUAUGGCCUUGGAUGGUAUAAUUUUUGAGGGUGCUCCUGUUAAGGUGAGGAGGCCAAGUGAUUAUAACCCUUCUCUUGCUGCAACACUUGGCCCAAGUCAACCAAAUCCUAAUUUGAACCUUGCUGCUGUUGGGUUGACACCUGGUUCUGCUGGUGGGCUUGAGGGACCUGAUCGCGUUUUUGUGGGUGGUCUCCCAUACUACUUCACAGAAGCACAGAUAAGAGAGCUAUUAGAAUCAUUUGGGCCUCUUCGAGGUUUUGAUCUUGUGAAGGACAGGGAAACAGGAAAUUCAAAAGGAUAUGCCUUUUGUGUCUACCAGGACCUCUCAGUUACUGACAUUGCUUGUGCGGCUCUGAAUGGAAUAAAAAUGGGAGAUAAAACUCUCACUGUAAGACGUGCAAAUCAGGGUGCUUCCCAGCCCAAACCUGAGCAGGAGAAUGUACUGUUACAGGCACAACAGCAGGUGGCCUUGCAGAGACUUGUGUUUCAAGGUGGUGCACUUCCUACGAAGGUUGUCUGCUUGACACAGAUAGUUGGUGCAGAUGAACUCAAAGAUGACGAGGAGUAUGAAGACAUUAUGGAAGAUAUGAAAGGAGAAGGCGGAAAAUAUGGUACGCUGGUGAAUGUUGUCAUCCCGCGCCCGAACCCAAAUGGUGAACCAUCACCUGGAGUUGGAAAGGUGUUCUUGGAGUAUGCUGAUGUUGAUGGAUCAGCAAAGGCUAGGCAAGGACUGAAUGGCAGGAAAUUUGGUGGAAAUCAAGUUGAGGCUGUUUUUUAUCCAGAAUAUAAGUUCCAUGAGGGGGAUUAUGAUGGUUAGGCAGUUCGCCCCCUCUAUCAUUGUGAGGCAGCUCUUAGAUCUUUAUAUCUGUAACAUUAUGCAAAAAUGUUAAAAUUCUCUAUUGUUAGUGUUUCGAAUAGUAGAUAUUCUUAAAUAGGUUGGAUUAGUCGCGUUUCAGGAAGAUUUGAUGUUAUGUCGUGAUCAUAAUGGUAGUAACGCUGAUGUUACAGAUGAUAUUAUUUAUGUAUUCUUAUAUUAAAUUGACCAGGUUGCGUUUCUGAA